GGCAAGUCCUCAUUUCUCGUCCGCAACCGAGAUAGCUUGGCGCGAAAAUAUCGAUCUUGCUUAGCCUAGCGUCCCAGUAUGGCCCGUUCUCGUGAAGCGUCGAAUUAAUGUGGCGCGACCAAGGACAGCACUCAACUGAGGUUGCAUCGCGGUGACUUGUCGAGCUCGGAGAGUAUCCUCACCGAUGGACGGUCUGAGCUGUCAUACACUAUAUCUCCACGGCGCAGUGGCAAGAGACAGCGACUUUUUCAAUGCGCUAGCCAGUCUGAACCGCCCAAGUCUCCAUGCCUGCUUAUCAAAUCGAUCUAUAACGAGUGCCUAUUCCCAAAGAGCUUCGAUCUCCUCCACUACCAUGCUGCAGAAAGACGUACCUUUUAGUGGCAAGCGUCUACCAUGCUGCGCCAAGUCGAGGACGACGGGGAAUUUGUCGUCCAGCGCCAAUCAGUGCUCUGUUGGAGCAACAACAUAGACACGAUUGGCAAAAGGCUUGUUCAAGGUCACAACACCAGUGCCGUCCCUGCGACGACGGCGCUCGCUGACCAAGCCCCCUGAGUAAGUAAUGCAAUCUAUCGUGCUUAUUUCUAGCUCUAUUUCCACUGCAGGGCAAUACGGCCGAACUAUUCUGGAAAACGGUCUGAUAUUGCCUCUGGCACUACUUCAGCCUCUCAAUAGGCUAUAAGAGAUUGGAACUUCGUUGGCAUUAUCACUCGCACCGAGAAACCUUCUCACUGCCAGACAAGUUCUUCCCAUUUCGGCAAAUCCCAUCAGGUCCUCAUCCAGAUGGCUAGAGUUUUGAGGGACACCCCUUUGGGCCAAUUCAUUCGAUUAGUUUCACAAGGCCGUCUUCUGCAGUAUACAGAAGACGGAAACGGACUCGAAAUCUUGAGAAACAGGCGAUCGCAGCCGGUGGAUACAGUUACUGAAGUUCCAGUCAAUGUCGAAGCCGACCCUGAAGUCCUUGCAAAAAAAGGCACGAACGUUGAGGAUCUUGUCGUAGUCGACUGGUACAGUCCAACAGAUCCUGAGAACCCGCGAAACUUCUCGAGGACGAAGAAACUUUGGGCGAGCUUCAUCAUUUUUCUCUACACGUUUGUUGUGUAUUGCACCUCGUCUAUCACGACACCAUCCUACCCUUACAUCGCACCUCAGCACGGUCUCAGUGAGACCUCCGUCUCCUUGAUCCUCGCUCUAUACGUUCUCGGCUACGCCUUAGGCCCUUUGCUGUUUGCUCCCUUGUCAGAAAUACCAUGGAUUGGCCGCAACAUCCCAUACUGGGCCUCCUUCUUCCCCUUUCUCGCCCUCUCCAUAGCCCUUACACAAGUGCAAGACCUCAACUUUGCCACGAUCUGCGUCCUACGCUUCCUCCAGGGUUACUUCGGCUCCCCGAUCCUUGCUACCGGCGCUGCGUCCUACGACGAUCUCUUUGAUGAGUUCGAGUCACCAUACGGCUACAUGAUUUGGCUCGGUGCGAUGUACGCUGGUCCUGCAGUCGGGCCACUUUUGUCGGGCUACGCCGUCGUCAAAGACUUCAGAUGGCCAUACUGGGAGGUGGCCAUCAUGGCAGGUGGCCUGUUCCCGCUGGUCAUUUUGCUGCCGGAGACGAGCGCAGAUUACAUCCUCCUUCAACGAGCAAAGCGCAUGAGGAAAUUCACCGGUGAUCCAAAGUAUCGGGCGCCAUCAGAAAUCAAAAGACUGCGCGUUGCAAAAGUGUUCAUGGACGCGCUCAUCAAGCCGACGGAGAUUGCAAUGAAGGAUCCAGCGAUUGCCUUUGUCACUGUGUACGGCGGCAUCGUGUACGCCACUUACUACUCGUAUUUUGAGGCCUUCCCUCUGGUCUACCAUGACAGGUACGGCUUUUCCGCGGGUGCCAUUGGGCUGAUAUUCCUCUCCGCCAUUAUCGGCGGUGGCAUCUGCGCCAUCAUCUACGCCGUUUACCUCCAACUGUACUUCACUCCACGGGCUCGUGCAGACGUGAAGCAAGUGGCCGCGGCGGCCGCGGCGGCCAACGACGCCAGCCAGCCGCAGACUCUCGCCACCGGUCCGCAAAGACUGCACAUCAACGCCGCGAUCCCGCAGGAGCGGUGGCUGAUCCCCUCCAUUCCAUUCAGCGUGCUCUGCCCGGCCGGCCUGUUCCUCUUCGCCUGGACCGCGACCGCGACCACGCACGACGCCAACGGCGCCGCGCACCCGGCGUUCCACUGGAUCGUCCCGACCAUCGGCAUCGCGCUCUUCUCGGGCGGCAGCUACGUCGUCUUCCAGUGCACAAUCAUCUACAUCUCGCUGUCCUACCGGAAAUACUUUGCCUCGCUGUCCGCCACGUACGACAUGUCCCGAGGAUCCAUGGCCGCCGGCGUGGUCAUGGGCAGCCGAGCAGUCUUUGUCAGCUGGGGCGUGGACAAGGGCGUCAGCGUGCUCGCCGGGGUGAGCGCCGCGGGCGUCCUGGGCAUGGCAUUUCUCUGGAAAUACGGGGCGGUGCUGAGAUCCAAGAGCAAGUUUGCUGAGCGAUAG